AUGAAAAGUAAUCAGGGAAAUGGGACCGGCGUCGUUCUCAGGAGCUUCAUGUCGAGUGCAGAAACACGGCUCCAUCAGAUGUUCCACUUGGCCUUGGAAUCCGAGGACUUCUCGAGCUGGAAUCGGAGGGGCCUCUCCGUUUCCGUUGCCACCCGAUAUGUAAAACGAUGCUUCACACAGAUUUUGAAGACCCUCCACUUUCUUCAUGAAGCUUCAGGCAAACUUCCCGAGAGAGGAGCGUUGCGUCAGCUCCGAGGUGAAUGGGGGCGCAAUUGGGGCUUUAAUGACUGACCAACUACCCUAAUGACCUGAAGCCCUAAUUUCUGAUUUACGGUUGAUGUAUGACGUAGCGCGAACUGCGAUGGCCGAGGGGGAAUCUGAGGCCCCCGUUGUCAAAAACUGACUUCCUCCAACUAUUGACAGUUUCGCCUUCUAGUGCGGGCCCCGGCCGACGUUUCCCCCGCUCAAACCCUUUCCUCUCUUCCUCCCAACUAACUCCCGUAGCUUUUCCACGCCGCUUACCACUAGCGGCGGCCGCCUGCGCUACGCCUGCUCUUACUUUCAUACUACUAUGUACUAUUGCUGACGACUACGGGCUUUUAUCUUUUUCCCUCCUCUUCUCCCGGCUUUUUGCAGUGCCAUGCUCCUAUGGACAGUUAUUGAAUGCCCUGGAUGGCAUGGGUAAAACGAGUGGUUUCGCGCAUGCGGUCAUAGUGAUCGAGGCAGAGGGACAGGUCAGAGUUCUUCUCCGGCUUUGUAGGCUUACUCGAGCUCUUCCAAUAUCAUCACAAUGCUCUUGUCCCAUUUCUACCGUAAUCCAGGGAUUAUUGGGCUUAUUUAUAAAUGAUGUGCUCUAAUAAGCAACUUUUUUUGGGAGGGAAAGUUCUUCUCGGAAAUAAGAUUCCUACGAACCUCGGGCCCUCUUUAAGAUGACAUAUACGCACUUAAGAUGAACUUAGGGAUCAAAAAGCAACGUUUGAAGGUUUGCAUCGUAUUUCGAAGAUAAAUCUUUUUGAGUGAUUCCGGGCGAUCUUGUCCUAUUAUUUAUGAUCAUUGCUUCUGCGGGCUUUCUGGUCGUUUACAAGUGGAGAGGUCAUGUCUUGGGCCCACCUUUAGUCGGGCCUAUCCAUGAUGACAUUAUCUCUAAUGAGGACGAAAUUCAAUCAUUGGAUUACACCCGAGCAGAAAACCAAUUGUUUUUGGCGGAACCAAUUCCCUAGUUUAAUCAAAAUGCUGAAAUUGCAUUCUGAUUUAAUUACUGUAGUUCCAAAUGAGUUGGUAUGCUUGUCAUGUCCGGAUUAAUGGCCUAUAAAGAUUUAAGAUGAUUUAUUUUGCCGUUUUGGUAGUUGUUUAUCGUCUUCCGAGGAGGUUACUUUCGAGCCUUUAAAAGUUUGCGUCCCAUAACUGGAUGAUAAUUGAAUCGGGCUUUUUUAUUUACCGCCUAUGAUGGCAUUAAAAACCUCUUUUGUCUUCAUUAUUCGUUUCUCGACAGUCAUAAAAUUCCCAUAUCCAUAAUUUUGGGACAUCAUCCCGAUUGGUUUCUGUAAAACAAUUUGGGAAUAUAAAGUCCGGACCCGGGUUGAUGCGCGCUUAUCGUAAUGGGAUCGGGGAGUUGAUGGGUGGUCCGAAAUACGAAUCAAGGAACCGAGUUCAGGCCGGAAUUGGUCCGCAGUAUCAUUUUUUUUAGCGAACGUGGGCUUGUCUUAAGUGCAGGAGGUGCUUGAAGCUUUAGGGCCUUGUCAUUCGGAUGUGCAUAAUUGCAUUUCAGUUUCCGAGUUUCGACCAAUCUGCCAACUUUUUUCUUUAUUUCCAAACAGAUUUGUCGAAUUCGGGGUGGAGCGUUGCAGCAAAGGCGCUCUGAUGAGCAAAAUAGAGUCAAUUAUCCCUUCGAGUUUGGCUCUGCUAUCCAAGUUUUGUGCAGAGUGCAAAGGGGAAGCGUUAGCGUGUGAAUGUCCCCGGUCCCUGGAAAGGGAGUGCCGUUUCUCUCGUCUAAUGAACGUGAAAUUACCGGCUUGACAUAACCUUGACAGGAGUUCGGCGUGACGAACAGUCCGAUGUUGAACUGCGAGCAUGUUGAUGACAGCUCGCGCCUUGAGGCCUUUGGCCAACAAACUCUCCCCUCUAUUCGCGUUUUGUCAUGUGUAAUAUGUAAAAGAGAAGGUCGGUGGUUUGGAUGAGGUGCCAAGAGUACACGGAGCUUCUUCUUGACCGAUAUCCGGCUGAGUAAGGAAGAGAUAGAGUGGUUCGGGGGUUUGAGGCGCCAAAUAAUUGGAGUCGAGGACUUCGCAAAGCCUGAGGGCCGGGAAAAGGACUUAAUUGGCUCUGUUUGGUCACUUUGAGCAACAUUUUUUCCAAUUCCUGCUUUCAAAUCCGAGAACGGCGGUGGAGAGUUGUGGCUUCCUCUUCCGCGGAUUGCUUUCAUAAUUUUGUGUUCCAAGAAUGGCCCUAGAACCUACCGGAUACGAAUAAUGAGUCGUUCUUGCCGUAUGCUGGCGGCUUUUGUUUUCCAUCUGAUUUCCAAUUCCUAUGCGCAGACUCCAGAUUUCGGCCUUACGGGUCUUAAUUGGACUCUCUCCAAAGAGGAGGCAGCUUAAGCGUGCGUUAAGCCUUAACUCCCUCCGUCCAAAUUUUAACCCAAUUUUGGGAGACAAUGAUGUUUUGUGGUUUUAAUAUGAAAGUCAUGGCAAUUCCGAGGUACUGCAGUCGGCCCUAACUGGAAUGGCGUGACAAAAAGAUAAAAUUCACCAAAAUAAGGACGGGCGCGGAGGGAGAAGAGGGGGAGAUGCACAGGUAAUUGGAGUAGCACAGCAGCCUCGAUUCCGGCCAUCUUAAUUCUUGCCUCCGGUUUCGUCGGCUCCCAUUGGGACCCCGACGUUCCGGCUUUUUCUGUCGAGGUCUCGUUUAUAAAUAGUAAACGCCGAUCUCAAUUCCAACGAUAGCAGACGUCCGAACCACCCCAAAAUAUAUUAUAUUGCGCUGUCCCGAUGAUUAAUUAGGGCCUUAUGUAAUGACACGUUCGCCGAUCUCUGCCCUCCGGCGUCAUUCCCAGCGUGCCCAAGAUACCGUAAAAUUCUGAUGUCUUUCGUUUUUGUUUUUAUUUUCUCCAUUCCACGAUACUUACCGACGGUUGGCCCAAAAACAAGGAGAGGAAAAUCUUCUUCGCCUAAAAAAUUGUUAUGUUUACCUGCUUUUGGGGCUUGAGUCAUGGAAAUCAGUUUUCUUCCAGCUUAUUUGAUUAUUUAUUCCGCUAGUUUGGGUUCCUUGUAUUAAUUUGGCACCUCCCCCCCUUCCUGUUAUUUUUUGAAUACGGUGACUUAUUAUUAGGUUUGAAUCUAAAGGCCCUUAGGGGGACUUCCUUGGUUUCACGCAGUCCUUUCAAUUUUUACGACUCAAAGAUUAUUCGCCCGCAUUACCGUUCCGUGGAUGUCAUGCUGCAAUCUGUGCAAUCGCCGUAGUUAUCCGGGUUCCUAAUCUCCGUUAGUCAAUGUUUAUGCCUACCUGGGAGCCCUCGUUACGCCUCAUUCAUCUUUUUCUUUCAAUUGGACACCCAUGCCUCGGUUAUGUCGUUAUGUGCUCACUUAUGUCGUAUGCGGGUGCCUCUUCGCGGCCUGCAAAAUGUCCCGCCAGACCGUGGAGUCACCAAACCGGGUUUCAGCUCGAACGCGUCCAUCCUGUGGCGGAAUUGGCAACUUUAAGUCAAACUUCCGGCCGCGUAAAGAGGCCACCGAAAGGGGGGAGACUUUUUUCGUGAUUCAAAGCUUCUCCAAACGUUGGGCGUUCACUGUGCUGCAGAGCGCGGGAUUUGGUCGGAUUAACGGCUUUUAUUCUUAUAAUUUUCUCUUUUAAUGUCAUUCUUUUUCCCGGCCAAUGUCACAGUUUGUUUCGGAAACUCAUUAUCACUGACGGAUGGAUGAUUUGUUUUCGGCAUACUUAGUUGGACCAGGUCACAAAAUUCUCUCUUAUGAGCGCUUAGAACAUUUGCUGACUUUUGGCGGGCGGGGCGAAAUGUGGAAGUGAGAGGCCAGGGGGGAGGUCGGGCACCGAAAAUGCGACAAUCCAUUUUUCGAGCCUUUCGAUUAUUGCCUUAGGGUACAGAUGGUUGCCCAACAGGUUGCGCAACGUCACUUCAUUGUUCCUAUUCCUGGAACGGGAGGAUUUCUUUUCCGAGAUUAUCUUUUAUUUUUAAUCUAUCCAAAAAUACGAUAGAGAGAUGAUAGAGCACGCUCCUUGUCUGUAGUCAGUCUUUGCGGCCUGUAUGGUUCACAUAUGUAUUAAUUAAUUUGUUAUAUCUAUUUCAAGUUCUGGAGAGCUCUUUGCGUAUUUUUAUUCGACGGUUCCUCAGAUUCGCGGCAUUUCAUAAACACAUACCCCUUCCUUUUUAAAUUACUCAAUGCUUUCCCGACACUUUUUCCGUUUGAUGAGGGCUAAUCCCCUUAUCUGGUCGUGUCUUAUCUUUUGUCAUUUCAGCCCCGUCCAAUGUUACGGCGGUAACGGACACGUCAACCCACGUCGCAAUGCCCAACUCCAGCGAUCAGAUGUUGGUGCUGCUGAAGGACGCUGUAGCGACGUCACAACCCACAGAUGCAGCCUUGGCCCCGGACGAAGGCUUUGGUCUUUGGGAGAGCAUCGGGAUUGGGUCGAUUCUCCUGAUCCUGAUCCUGUUCUGUGUGGUCGGCAACUUCUUCGUGAUCAUGGCCAUCUUGUUGGAGCGAGAUCUUCGAUCUCGACCUCAAUAUUACCUCAUCUUCUCGUUGGCUUGCGCUGAUCUCUUAGUUGGACUGGUGGUCACACCCUUGGGGGCAUGGGCAACCAUAAGACGAGCAUGGCAUCUGGGGGUCACGUUGUGUGAUUUCUGGAUCAGUGUGGACGUGUUGGUGUGCACUUCGUCUAUUCUUCAUCUCGUCGCCAUCGCUCUUGACAGGUGGGUGAUAUAGAGAUAGAUUGGGUGUUGAAAAAACGGGGAUCCUGAACAAAUAUUGGGGGCUGCUAAUAUUCCCGGGGCCAUCAAAAUAGUGACGUCUGUAUGUUUGAUGGAAAGGCAAUUAUCUCAUUGUUUCCAAUAAAAAUGAUACUUGAAAAAUAGCACUUAAUACAACAAAAGAAGAUUCAACGGGACUCAUCCAGAAUCCAUUCGGAAACAAAUUUACUUAAAUUGUCUGGGAAAUUCUCAGGUUUCUCAGAGCAAAUAGCACACACACAUGGGCUCUUGUACUUAAUUGGUAUUACAUUUGCAGGCCCAUAUACAGUCUUAAUAUAGCCUGCGGAAACCACAGGGUUUGUGAAGUUUGGAAAAACAAAACUUUGUUUGUAAUUCGACUACAAUUUAAUCGCUCAAAUUGUAAUAGCAGGUUUGCAGGUACUGGAGUAUCACCGACAUUUAUUAUGUCCAGAAUCGGACCCCCAAACGUAUCUUCUUCAUGUUGCUCACGAUUUGGAUUGUAUCUUUGUUGAUCUCACUCGCCCCGAUUUUUGGCUGGAAAGAUGCUCAAUUCGUGACCAGGGUUCGCGAAGAGCAUGUGUGUUUGAUAUCACAACAAAUCAGUUAUCAGGUGAGUGAAAAAACGGAGUUUAAUUAAUGGGACGUCCGUUGCAGGUGUUCAGCACAGCAACUGCCUUCUACAUACCAUUAUGUGCCAUCAUCAUUGUCUACUACAAGAUCAUGAGAGCAGCAAAGAAGCGGUUUCGCCGGGAAAGAGAUCGAAAAACAAUCCACAGGAAUGUGGAGGACCGAACGAAGCUCAGGACCACAAACAAUGACGAUGAUCAGAUGCGGAUUAUUGUAGGUUUUUACUUUCUGAUAUAACUACAGGGUCUUUCAAGAAAUGUGAAGGAAAGUAGGAGGCUAUAACUUUUGGUUGAGGCGGCGCAGAGAGUUCGUUUUUGGAAUAUGUAUUUUUCAGUGACAUUAUUUUUUGCCUACGAAAUAACAAGAUUUUUAAGUGCAAACUGAGGUCGCUACAACCUUUUGAAAAAAGGGUCUUUUACCCCGAAAACCAGGGUUUUUCGGUUGAAAAUGAUCGAGAAAUUUCAGAGUUUUUCGGUUGAAAAUCACCAGGAAAUGUCAGAUUUUUUCGGUGGUUUCGAUAGAGUUGACGUUGAAAAAAAGGGAAGGAUGUUGCCAAGAAGUUGAAAAUUAAGCGAAAAUUCGGCUACUUUUCAUUCUGGCACUUUGGCUAGCCAACCAGUUUUUGCUAGCAGUUUAAAAGAUUGGUUAUCAUUCCUGCCCUUUGACGCCCAUUACACCCUUUUGACUAGUUUUUAUAAGACUUCACAGCCAUUCUGGUGCCUUGGCUAGCCGAUUCCAUGUCCCCCAAAUCCCCAAAUGAAACACUGAAAAUAGACCCGAAAUCUGCCCAAAGCUGAGGCUAGCCGAAUUUUUGCUUAAUUUUCAACGUGUUGGCAACAUCCUUCCCUUUUUUAAACGUCAAUUCUAUCGAAACCCCCAAAAGAAUCCGGCAUUUCUUGAUGAUUUUCAGCCGAAAAACUCUGAAAUUUCUCGAUCAUUUUCAACCGAAAAACCCUGGUUUUCGGGGUAAAAGAGCCUUUUUUCAAAAGGUUGUAGCGACCUCAGUUUGCACUUAAAAAUCUUGUUAUUUCGAAGGCAAAAAAUAAUGUCACUGAAAAAUACAUAUUCCAAAAACGAACUCUCUGCGCCGCCUCAGCCGAAAGUUAUAGCCUCCUACUUUCCUUCACAUUUCUUGAAAGACCCUGUAAAUACCCCGAAUUCGAUGAACCAGAUCCCCGGAUUCCUCUUUGAUCUGACUAAUUAGCGAUCUAUUUAUGCAGUCGCCCAUUCCCACGGCCGUUCUCGUGCCUCAGGACAUUUCCUACUCGACCAAAGCCAUAAGUAACGAAAAUGGUCACGUGCAGAUUAAAGUAAGUCUUACUGUAGAAUUCGAUUAUUGCCAGGUGAAAUACGAAAGUAAUACAAAUUCGGAAGACCUGGAUGACGAGCGCACUCCCAUGCAGGUAGGCGAUGGUAAUCACCAGUACGCCGACAAACUCGAGAAUGGGAAUGGUAAGUAAAUUAAGGAGUAAUCGAUUUACUUUGCCCUUUCACAUCUUACAGGCAAGCAUAAAACCUUUGGCAAACGGAAUUCUAGUAGGGGGAAGCGGAAGAAACGGAUAAAGGAGAGUGUGGAGACACGCAGAGAACGGAAAGCUUGGAGGACAUUGGCCAUCAUCACGGGUACAUUCGUGGCCUGCUGGACUCCCUUCUUCCUGGUAUCUUUGUAUCGACCAAUCUGCAAUUGCAAGAUCCCAGCAGCAGUGGAGGAUGUUACUUCCUGGUUAGGUAUGAAUAAUCAAUGUCUUACGAGUAAUGUAAUGCCUUUAGGAUAUUUGAAUUCGGCGAUCAAUCCGAUCAUUUACACGGUGUUCUCAACAGAUUUCCGAAUGGCUUUUCAACGAAUCAUUAAACGAAUCUGCUUUCUCAAUGAAUUCUAA